UCUCAUGACACCGGCAUUAUUUUACCUUCAUAUCACUGACAGCCUGGCUCUCGUCAAUCACGUGAUUUCAGUUUAAGGACAAGCCCACAUAGGAAAAUAGGCUGCAGAAGCGCCACCCAGUGAAUAUAUUGUAACAACAACUGUUCAGUAGCCUAUAUAUUCUCAAGCGUUCGUCUAUAUGAAAUAGCCUACGAUAUAUAUAAGGAUAAGAACAUGGGGAUUUUGUCCAAGUCCAUUCGGAACCUGCAUGAUUUGCCAAGGAACGGACAGGAUGUCAUGUCCACAUGGAAAACUAAAAUAAUUUGCAAGACUGUUAAAAUAGAAUAUGAUCGUACGUCUGAACCAUUCACAAAGCCAGAGUUGUCUACUACAAUAGUAAACAGGUUAAGGAAUACAUUAGGAUCAAAGGAAACAUUUCUACAGAAGCAAAACACCUUGGACACUUUCAAUAUUAUAAUAGACCUAGCAACACAGUUAAACAGAGUCACAGCAAAGGUUUCUGGACAGUCCCAAGCUUUUAAGAUGGUUGAUGACUUGAGUUUAGAAGAAUGUAAAGGUUUUAUUUUCAGAUGGUCUAAAGAGCUGAAAUGUUUGAGGUCAAAAUACAAGAACAACAUGGGCAAGAUUUCCACUGUUGAGAAAUUCAGGAGUCUGGAAGCUCUGAACAUCAAAAAGCAUCAAGAUCAGAGCCUGAAAGAUGCUCUAAAAGAUUUUCAGUGGUUAAUUCAUAUUUUGCAGUCACUCCCAAAGUCCUCAGUGUGUCAAGAAGGAUGCGCUAGAGUAGAACUGUUCAAUCUUUACAGACAAUGGAAAAAAGGGCAGCUGAUCAGCAUGCUUCCAAUUAUGGACUUUAUCAUGAAGACAUUACUUAAGGAAAAGGAUUUCAUUUUGAUACAGAAGCCUCAACAUAGAUCAGAUGGAAAAAAGGUUGACAAUCAUCAUUUGAACGGCAUCUUUUGAAAGACUUAAUUAUCAAAUCCUCACCUUGGCAUCACCAUACCAC